CGUUUCUCUCUCGACAAAUUGCGAAAUCCUGCCACAGAAGCUCUCCUUUCCUUCGAGCUCGGCUGCAGCUACCCGAGCCGGAACGUCUACAGAGAGAAAAAAAAAAAAAAAAAGAGGUUCAAUAAUCGGAAAUUCUGGAAUUAGGGUUUUUUAUGCUGAAAAUUUGGUUGUAGAUAGAUGACUUCCUUUCUCCUUUAUAACCCUACUCUUUCCUCUCCUUUCCUCUCCCAAAAACUAACUAAAUAUGAACAAAAUACAAAGAACACGACGACAUAUGGCGUUCCUAUUUUGAGAAGCCCUAGAACUCUCACCAGCGUUAAGUGUUCAGUGGAUGCACCCUAUGAAGGUAAUGUCCCAAAAUUUCCCCGAACUAAUGUUUGGGAUCCUUAUAGACGUCUUGGUAUCAGUCCAUAUGCUUCUGAGGAGGAAAUUUGGUCAUCACGCAAUUUUCUCUUACAGCAAUAUGCUGGACAUGAGAGAAGUGAGGAAUCAAUAGAGGCUGCUUUUGAGAAAUUGUUGAUGACCAGCUUUAGAGAAAGGAAGAAAACAAAAAUUAAUUUGAAAACCAGACUAAAGAAGAAAGUGGAAGAAUCUCCACCUUGGGUUAAGAAUUUACUUAAUUUUGUGGAACUUCCUCCAGUUGAAGUCAUUUUUAGAAGAUUAUUCCUCUUUGCAUUCAUGGGUGGCUGGAGUAUCAUGAAUUCUGCUGAAGGUGGACCUGCUUUUCAGGUGGCGGUCUCUUUGGCAGCUUGCAUAUAUUUCCUCAAUGAGAAGACAAAGAACUUGGGCAGAGCUUUCAUUAUUGGUCUGGGAUCACUUGCAGCUGGAUGGAUAUGUGGCUCUAUUUUUGUUCCGAUGAUUCCAACAGUUGUGAUACACCCAACCUGGACACUCGAACUCCUGACUUCUUUGGUAGCUUAUCUUUUCAUGUUUGUUGGAUGUACUUUUCUCAAGUGAAAUCACAGUUGCACCUCAAUAAGUGCCUGUGGAUUAUAUUGUAGUUGACUCCAUUUUCUGUAUUCAUUGAAAUUCUCUUCUAUAAAUUUUGAAUAUCAUGAAGUUAUGCAACUUUUUAACC